GCCAUCUCUCUUCCUACCCUCUUCCCCCCUCAUGGUUCCCUUUGUGUACAACUAUUAUUUACUAGUAAGUACCCUUACACCCGACUCUCGACGAUCAGUAGCUUAGCCCCUUGGGUCUCACUUAUUGUGCCAAACUAUUCUCUGGAUAUCAACCCGCCCACUUUUGCCCCUCACGCGAGCGGCUAGACCCGGCGUGUCUUUACACUGCUGCAGUCGGUCAGCAUUCACUGUGGCGUGGGGUUCACAGAGACGCAAGAUGGCGGCUCCAUCAGACAUGCAUGCGCACGUUCAUCACAGCGCGACAGAUGCGGGGCCUAAGCUCGUCAACCGACUGCGCGACAGCAGGUCACCGUAUGUGAGAGCCCAUAUGAAUAACCCGGUCGCCUGGCAACUAUGGGACGCGGAAGCUAUCAAUCUGGCCAGGCGCUAUAACCGACUGGUAUUCCUCAGUAUCGGCUACUCAGCCUGCCACUGGUGCCAUGUCAUGGAGAAGGAAUCCUUCAUGUCGCCCGAGGUGGCUUCCAUAUUGAACGAAUCAUUUAUCCCAAUCAAGAUUGACCGAGAGGAGCGACCCGAUAUUGACGAUGUCUACAUGAACUAUGUUCAAGCUACCACGGGCUCUGGAGGCUGGCCGUUGAACGUAUUCCUUACCCCGGACCUGGAACCGGUGUUCGGCGGCACCUAUUGGCCCGGACCCAACUCUACCACGCUACUAGGAAAUGAAACGAUCGGUUUUGUAGAAAUCUUGGAAAAGUUGCGAAACGUUUGGCAGACGCAACAGCAACGGUGUCUAGAGAGUGCGAAGGAGAUCACAAAACAACUCCGGGAAUUUGCCGAGGAAGGAACACAUUCAUACCAAGGAGACCGCGAAGCGGACGAAGACCUAGACAUCGAACUUCUGGAAGAGGCGUACCAACAUUUCGUGUCGCGUUAUGAUUCCGUACACGGAGGCUUCUCGAAGGCACCCAAGUUCCCGACCCCUGCCAACCUAAGCUUUCUUCUCCGGUUGGGGGCAUAUCCGAAUGCCGUCUCGGAUAUUGUCGGGCAAGAAGAAUGCGAGAAAGCGACCGCGAUGGCAGUCCAUACGCUUAUCAGUAUGGCACGGGGUGGCAUCCGGGAUCAUAUCGGGCAUGGAUUCGCACGAUACAGUGUCACCUCGGAUUGGAGUCUUCCUCAUUUUGAAAAGAUGCUUUACGACCAGGCACAACUUCUCGAUGUCUACGUGGAUGCAUUCAAGAUAACACACAACCCCGAGUUGCUGGGUGCUGUAUAUGAUCUAGCCACUUACCUGACAACUUCUCCUAUUCAGUCACCUACCGGUGCGUUUCACUCUUCGGAAGAUGCGGAUAGCUUGCCGUCACCAAACGACACGGAGAAACGGGAAGGGGCGUUUUAUGUUUGGACCCUGAAGGAGUUGACACAAGUACUCGGCCAUCGAGACGCUGGAGUCUGUGCCCGCCACUGGGGUGUCCAUCCUGACGGUAAUGUUUCACCUGAAAAUGAUCCACACGACGAAUUUAUGAACCAGAAUGUUCUUUCCGUGAAAAUAACGCCCAGCAAACUGGCACGGGAGUUUGGAUUAGGAGAAGAAGAAGUGGUAAGAAUCAUCCGAUCGGCGAAGCAGAAAUUGCGCGAGUAUCGAGAAAGAACUCGAGUUCGCCCUGAUCUGGAUGAUAAGAUCAUUGUUGCCUGGAACGGGCUAGCCAUCGGUGCACUCGCAAAGUGUAGUGCUCUGUUCGAGCAAAUUGAAAGUUCCAAGGCAGUGCAAUGUAGGGAAGCAGCGGCAAAAGCGAUCAGUUUCAUUAAAAACAAUCUCUGUGAGAAAACAACCGGGCAACUAUGGCGGAUCUAUCGCGAUGGAGGCAGAGGCGAUACUCCCGGGUUUGCUGACGACUACGCGUAUCUGACCAGCGGCUUGUUGGAUAUGUAUGAAGCAACAUUCGAUGACAGCUAUCUACAGUUCGCAGACCAGCUUCAAAGGUAUCUAAAUCAGAACUUCCUUGCCUAUGUGGGAUCGACCCCCGCAGGCUAUUAUAGUACCCCAUCCAACAUGACAUCAGACAUGCCGGGUCCUCUGCUUCGUUUGAAGACCGGAACCGAGUCAGCCACCCCAUCCAUCAACGGAGCCAUUGCACGCAACCUGCUGCGUCUCGCCAAUCUGCUCGAGGACGAUGAUUACCGGCUUCUCUGUCGCCAGACGUGUCAUUCUUUCGCAGUUGAGAUUCUGCAGCACCCAUUUCUGUUUGUCGGGUUGCUCGAUGCCAUUGUCGGACUAGAAGCUGGCUCACGAAACUUCACAGGCGUUCUCUCUACAACACUUCUACCUGAAACAGGACCCGGAUCGUCAGAUCGCCUGAACACCAAAUCUGACGAACCAACGUCAGUGCGGGACCUAAUCGUGCAGAGACUUCGGACAGAGGCCGGCCGGGCUAUAUCAACCUCAACAACCACCAUCUCCCUCAUCGACAUCCGUCCAUCCCACGUGGGAGACUUCGUAGGCAAUCAGUCCUUCUGGUUGAAGACUCGGAAUAAGUUGUACAAGGACAUCAAAGCAUCCGAGCCGGCCAAGAACCAUAUACUAGUUUGUGAGGGCGGGAGCUGCAAAAUGGUCGAUGUAUGAUCGUGCAGGUUUCCAGUCCCCAUUUCGAUUCUAGGGCUCUCGAUAUUCUUCGAAAUUUUUUUACGAAUUUGGAGGCUUUUUGCAAUUAGCAAUUGGUUUCAAUCUCUGUCUAUUCAAGAUGAGAUGUCUGGACAGAAUGUCUAUAAUCAGACCCCGCAGUAUCAAUUAACAUAGGGACUCAAUCUAUAAAUUGGAAAAUUUGCGCUACAUAUAAAUUACCAUGAAAUCAACCCUACCACCAAACCACUCAAAGCAAGAGACACACCGCACUACAUCACAG